UCCUUUGUAUCCUGCAAGGACAGAAGGCAUGAGGAGUUUCCAUCAUCAGAAAGCCAGCCCAGAGAAGAUUUUGGCACCCACCAAAUGUGGUCCCUCCCCACUACAUCACAUCUUCCAGAGGAAAACUCAACCAGCUCCCACAGGACUGACCCCAGCAAUCCCUGGAGACACUGCUGGGAUAGCAACAAGUCCACCUUGCUCCUCUGCUCCCCCAGGGGCUCUGCUUCUCUCUGGGGAGGUACUCCUUGCUCACUCGUGCACCAAGUGCACCUUGAAAAAGAGCAGCCUCCUCUCCUCCUUGCUCCUCCAGCUUUCUGAUGAAUCCCAGCACAAUGGAUUCUUCUGGCAUCAGUAGCAACACUUAUAUUUUAGUCCAAGGCCACUUCUGCAAGCUUUUCUUCCAGGCAUCUAUGCUUGGUCACCAUCCCCAAACCAACUCCUGUGGGCAAAUCCACAGCAUGAGGGAGAGGACUUCACCACAUCCACAUUAAAAUGUUCCCAGCAGGUUGAAGAUGAAAACUUUCCUCCUCUCCAGUGCACUGGAAGAGCCUUUGCAAAGGCAGGAUCCCUGUACCCCUCCCUUGGAGCACCAUGCUGCUCCCCACACCCCAUGGACCCCUCAAUAAGCCUCUUUUCCUGGAGCAAGGCAAGGAGAAUCCCCCGCUGAGCCAAAUCCCCUUACACAAUCACCUCACCAACCUUGUGAUUUGUGAGGAGAGGCCAAGCCCAAAUCCUCCAGCCUCCUCCCAGGGACCCCACCUUCCCCCAGACUCAGUUUUCUCCAUGUCUCCAAAUGUAAUAGCAGCAAUCCUGCUGCAGAGAGCUGGCACACAAAAAGAGGGUGUGUGACAAGCAAGAGAGCCCCAGACAUCCCAAAAUGGCCCUCACUGCCCAAACUGGACCAGCUGAAGUUCAGACAUCUUGUUUCAUAACAUGAGAAAAUCCCAAGUGCAUGGAACAGAGUCAGAGCUGGACACUCCCACAGCCAGGAGGAGAGCCUUGCUAACAAAUCUGUUUUCAUGCACCAAACUCCCACUGAACACACCCUUGGACAGCAGCUUUUAUCAGGGUAAGCUCUUAUUCCAAAGAGGGAGCUCGCACCCAUGAAAAGAAGAAAAACAGCUUAAACACCCCAUGCACCCACAUUUAUUCUGACCUCCACUAAGAUCUGGAAGAGGCUGGGCUUUGCCGGUAGGCUCGGGUGCAAACUGGGAACAUGAAACUCAAAUAAACUGUUUCACCUAAAAGAAAAUUGGGCUGAAACCUCUAACAACCUCGAUGCCUUUUGUAGAAGUUAUUUCAGUUAUACUGAGCUGCAUCUGAAAUGGCCACAAUACAGGAUGACUGAGCAUCAAAAAGUUUUCCGGGAAAUGGAGGGACUACAUAGCGUGGGGUUUUUUUAAACUUGACUUUUUAGGUUGCCAGGAAGUUGCAUUCAGCCAAGAUCUGCGACUUCAGCAAACAUCAAUUCCUGCACAAAUGCAGACCUGCUGGUUUCCUGAUUGAGAACCCUUUUGAUGUCAUUUUUAGAUAAUUGGGCAUGGACUUUAACCUCCCUCGUAGCACUUGUGCAUGGAUGUAGCUGUAUGAAGAGUUUAUUCAAGUGAGUCCAGACCAACAACUGCUAAAAUGUUUUCACUCUUUAAGGCUUUUUUUUGCUUGGCAGGUGAAUUUUUGCUGGGCUUUUUUUUUCCCCACCUGGCAGAAAGGCUGAAGUCACAUGGUAAAUAUGUCUAUCUGCAGAGCAGAGCAAAAACUACAUUUGUUUUAAAGUAAAAGUACUCUCUGUGAAGACACAGCACCUAACAUCUACCUCUGAAAAACAACAGAGACUCAUGUUGGCACCUCUGUACGAGGCACAGCAGGGGCAGAGCUGGUUUGGGGUCUGGCUCUCCAGCCUUUCAGGGACUGCACCUCCCCUCCUUGGCACUGCAGGCUUGCCUUGGAGCUCCCCAGAUCACUCAGGAGCCCUGCCUGGAACCCCUGCCUGAAAGGAGCCGUGCAUGGGGGAACUCCCCAUCCCAGGCAGGACUUCGUGCUGUGCCAGCACCUGGGAGCAUCCACACAGAGGAUCCAUGACUCCAAGCCUCACCUGAGCAGCCCAGGAGAGGGAAGGUGAGGGAAGGUGCAAUGAGAUGGAGAGUGCUGGUCUCAGCAAGUGACAACAGCCACAAGCAGAGGGCUCUGCCCCUUGCACUGCACAGGAGUCACCUGAGCCUGAGCUGCCUUCUCCAGUCCCUGCUACAAGGCAGAUGUGAGGGGUGAGAUCCAGCACCCAAAGAGAUGCUGAGCUGCUGAGCUCUGGGUCAGCAGCUUCCCCUUCACACGUACCCAGCACAUCCCACAACGGGAGCAGGUGCUGUAAUCUCUCACCUGCAGCUUAAGGACAUAAAAACCCCAGAUGAUUCAACUGCAAACUUUGAUCCUGCAAAAGCAAGAAGAGUCUCAGAGAUGGUGCCUGACAUUUUUGCAGAUUAUUUUUAUGCCAGCUCUGCCCCAAAUUGGCAAUGGGAGGUUGGCCAGGGAAGGGCACUGGCAGCAGGGCAUUGUGUCCAUCCUGUGUCCCCUGUCUGCAAUUCCACAAUUAAAAUGGGAACAUGACACAAAGACAUGAGCUGCUGUUGUUAACUCAGCUAUAUAUGAGCAUUCUACAAGAAAUAUUCAGAAUAUUCAGAUAUCUUUUCUGGGAUGUUCUUGGGCUAGAUUAAUUCUUGUGGUAAUUCCAUGAUAAGAAGCCCCCUGACAUCAGCUAAGUGAGCCAGUGUAAAUGAAAGAACCAAGCUAUCCCAAUGCCAGCUCAGGCCAAAGGCAUCACUCCCAAAACCAAUCCCUAAGAGCCAUUUUUGCAUUUAUAUCAUGGUGGCAUUAUAAGUGAAACACAAGUUACACUCCUUCAGCUUGGUUUAGUCUCACAUUUUGCAGCUCAGCAGAGAACCCGAAUCAGACAAGAUGGCUUUUUAUUUAACAACUAGGCAGUUUUUUUCUCUCCUCCCCUGCCCUGUAUUUUAUGGGCCCACAAACCCACACAAUCUUCAUGUUUUCCAACAAAACAAACCCCCAUGAGUUGAAUCACAAUGUUUUUAAAGUUACACAGAGCAGAGAAGUGCCUUAGCCAGUUACAUCAACUUCAUUUCAAUCAAGCAUCUUAUCACACACUCCCUUCUACCGAGGUGCUGAUGAACAACUCCCAGGAGACAACCUGCAUCCCCACACAUCCACUCUUUUACUCCCUUUCUGCAUUAUCUCCCAAACCUUGCUGUUAGCACUUCCACUUCCCAGCCUGCUGGAGCAGAAGAUUGUUCCACUGGAAACAAAAUGCUCAGAUCCACGUGGAACUUGGGGAACUGCCUCUGACACCCCUUCUACAAGCAAUCCUUGGAGGAGUCAUGUAUCACUAAAGAAGAGAAGCCCGUGAGGCGGCCAGCCAGCGCUGGAGUAAGUGUGAAGCCCCUUUGGCCAGUGGCUGCCAGCUGGAAGCAGUUUCUCUGCUGUGGAUUAAUUUCAUGGAUGCCAGCAGAUAAUAACAACUCUCAGUCAUUACCAACUUGGGCUGCUUUGCCGUCUCCCUGCUGUUUUAAAAGAGCUUUCAUUCUUGCCACAGAAUGUUGGGAGCUGAAAUAAGGGGGUGUGAGGGGGGAGAGACAAGCCACAGCUACAGGGAUCGCAUGUACCAGACAGAGCCUGAAGUCCUCCGGCAGUCCGUCCUACCGGGAGCUUUCUUUGUGCAUGAGCAGCAAAACCUCAUCCAAGGAAAGGAAGCAGGAAUAAUUGCGUGGCCAGACGAGGGGAGAAAGAGACCCGUUUAACUUGUCAACAAAUUUGUGGCAUCUUAAUCAAUCCUCACAGGGAUGGAUUAUUAGGGUGUCUGAUCCCAUGGACAUGAAAACCGUGUGCGGAAGAAGCACCGAACUGCCCUUCUCCGAGUUAAACCCGUCCCAAACAGAAAGGAGGAGCAGAACAGAAGUGAGGAAGGCUGGAGGCAGACCUGGAGAGGCCCACUCUGACCCCCUCCAGCAUUGCAGGGGAACCUGUCGUUUACAAGAGGAUGUGGAGUUCACAACAACAGGGAGUUCCAGUGUGGAAGAGAAGACCCAGCUAUCUUCCAAAGCCAUCAGCUUGGAAGCACUCACAGGAACUCGUGUGCUCUCCCUGCUGAUCUUGCUGGUUUUGUCAGAAAGAGCAGUCCUGGCUGCAGAGGAUGUCUGGUGCUCACAGGAGGGACAAAGCAGUCCUCCUUACUUACAGCAUGAGCAGUAAGCCCUGAUGAAAGACAGCAAGUGCAGGCUGGAAGAGGUGACUGAUGAUGCCAGAACACCAUUGUUGGUGCCCUGCUGAUGGCCACGAUUCGUGCACAGCAUCGUGGCCGCCCAGAGAACACUGGAUCCAGUCUGGUCACCCAAAUACCGCCUGCCUGCAGCUUCUGAGCAGGGCUCAGACAAAAGAAAACCCAUCCAAACUAUUUACAAGUCCUUGGAGGGGAGCCGGGAGUGCAGCCGAGAGCCCAGAGUGUUUUGCCAUCGCUGCUGUGUGCUGGAGCCGGGGCAGCUGCCGGAGGACGCUGGAGGCAUUGUGCUGCCGGACAGAUUGGAAGCUUGGAAAACUACUACCACUUUCACCACAGCAAGACGUUUAAGCGCUCCACGCUGAGCAGCCGGGGACCACACAACUUCCUCCGCAUGGACCCCAAGGUGGACUGGCUGCAGCAGCAGGAGGUGAAGAGGAGGGUGAAGAGGCAGGUCCGAGGGGAGCCACACGCCCUGCCCUUCAACGACCCAGUGUGGCCCAACAUGUGGUACCUGCACUGCGGUGAUAAAAACAGUCGGUGCAGGUCGGAGAUGAACAUCCUGGCAGCCUGGCAGAGGGGCUACACGGGCAAGAACGUGGUGGUCACCAUCCUGGAUGACGGCAUAGAGAGGAACCACCCCGACCUCCUGCAAAACUAUGACCCUCUUGCAAGCUAUGAUGUUAAUGGGAAUGACCACGACCCAACUCCACGCUACGAUGCCAGCAAUGAGAACAAGCACGGCACUCGCUGCGCGGGGGAGGUGGCAGCAGCAGCAAACAACUCCUACUGCAUCGUGGGCAUCGCCUACAACGCCCGCAUCGGAGGCAUUCGUAUGUUAGAUGGAGAUGUAACAGAUGUUGUUGAAGCGAAGUCGCUUGGCAUCAGACCCGAUUACAUUGACAUUUACAGCGCGAGCUGGGGGCCAGAUGAUGAUGGGAAGACAGUUGAUGGACCUGGUCUAUUGGCCAAACAGGCUUUUGAGCAAGGCAUUAAAAAGGGUCGCAGGGGACUGGGGUCCAUUUUCGUCUGGGCGUCGGGGAACGGCGGCAGAGAGGGCGAUUACUGCUCCUGUGACGGUUACACCAACAGCAUCUACACCAUCUCCAUCAGCAGCACCACCGAGAAUGGCUACAAGCCCUGGUACCUGGAGGAAUGUGCCUCCACCCUCGCCACCACCUACAGCAGCGGGGCCUUUUAUGAGCGGAAAAUUGUCACCACGGAUCUCCGGCACCGCUGCACCGACGGCCACACCGGCACCUCCGUGUCCGCCCCGAUGGUCGCGGGCAUCAUCGCCUUGGCUUUGGAGGCAAACCCUCUGCUCACCUGGAGGGAUGUCCAGCAUCUGCUGGUCAAAACCUCGCGGCCGGGGCACCUGCGAGCGCCCGACUGGAAAACCAACGGAGCGGGGCAUAAAGUUAGCCAUCUAUAUGGCUUUGGGCUGGUGGAUGCUGACGCUAUUGUGGUGGAAGCCAAGAAGUGGAGGAUGGUUCCUCCCCAGCACGUCUGCGUGGGAAGCCUGGACAGGGUGCCCAAGUACAUCCGAGCUGACCACGUGCUGCGGGCCAGCACCCUGAGCAGCGCCUGCGCCGAGCAGCGGGACCAGCACGUGCUGUACCUGGAGCACGUCGUGGUGCGGCUCAGCAUCGCCCACCCGCGCCGCGGGGACCUCCAGAUCAGCCUCAUCUCCCCAGCUGGGACACGGUCACAGCUCCUCGCCAGGAGGGUGUUUGACCACUCCAAUGAAGGCUUCAAGGGCUGGGAGUUCAUGACCGUCCACUGCUGGGGGGAGCGUGCAGCAGGGGAGUGGACCCUGGAGAUCCACGACACACCAUCCCAAGUGCGCAACCCCGCCGUGCAAGGGAAGUUGAAGGAGUGGAGCCUCAUCUUCUACGGGACAGGCGAGCACCCCUACACUGCCCUGAGCGGGCCCCAGUCCCGGGGGAGGUCACUGGAAGUGCCAACGUCGGAGAUGGAGCCAUCGAGAGCCGCCUUCCUGCAGAGCCAGGUGGAGGUGGCGGAGGAGGAGGAGGAGUACGCGGGCCCGUGCCACCCUGAGUGCGGUGACCAGGGCUGCGAUGGCCCCAACGCCGACCAGUGCUUGAACUGCAUCCACUACAGCCUGGGCAGUAUGAAAACUGGCAGGAUGUGCGUGAGCUCGUGCCCCGCUGGGUUUUUUGGUGACAACGGCGCCCGGAGGUGCCGGCGGUGCCACAAGGGCUGCGAGCGCUGCGUCGGGAGGGGACCCAGCCAGUGCACGGCCUGCAAGAGGAACCUCUACCACCACCCCGAGAUGGGCACCUGCGUUCUGCUCUGCCCGCCCGGCUUCUACGCCGAGGAACGUCAGAAACGCUGUCUGAAAUGUCAUCAAAGCUGUAAAAAAUGUGUCGGUGAAGCAGACAAAUGUACUGCAUGCAAAGAGGGAUUCAGCCUGGCAGGGGAGAGCUGUGUGCCAGAGUGCCAGCCUGCCAUGUACCUCAGCCGGGAGCCCCGGCGGUGCGAGACCUGCCCCGCCAGCACAGGGCCAGGCGAGGAGGACUGCACCCCCUGCACCCCCGAGGGCCCUGCACCCCACUGGCGCUGUGUCCCCGCCUGCCGAGAGGGUUUCUACCCCGCCGACAGCCACGGGCUGCCCAACAAAGUCUGCAAGAGGUGUGAUGACCACUGUUCAGCCUGCGAGGGCUCCAGUGGAAACUGCCUCAGGUGUAAGGAAGGUUACAGCCUCCUUGGUGGCUCCUGUGUGACAAACGAAACCUGCACCAAUGCUGACAAGACUUUCUGUGAGAUGGUGAAAUCAAACAAGCUCUGUGAAAAGAAGCUGUUUGUGCAGUUCUGCUGUCAGACGUGUCUUAUGGCCGGGUAAAGUUCAGCGGCUGCAUCCAUCCAGGACUUCCACUGACUGCCAGCCCAGUUUUGCCAAAUGUUUAGGACAAAAGUUUAUUUUUUCAGCUUUGGGAGAGUUUACAUGGUGCUGUCAAGCAUUCGCUCGUAAGUUUGAUAGCUUUAAUAUCACUGUCGGCGCGUUUCUAUAGCAAUAUGUUAAGCAGAGAUUGGAGCGUACCCUGAGUGAUCAAGGCCUGGAAGCAGCAGACAAGUGGUGAUAUUAACACUCUCAAACACUCCUGGUGAGCAGGGACCAAUGCAUGAUCCAUGUACACACACUUGGUUCUUCGCAGAAAUCCUACUGAUCCGCCCGCUCCCAGCGGCCGACGGGAGCCCUCGCCACGAGGGAUGCAGGACUUCACACACCCCUGCGAGGAAAGAGCCGAUUCUGGCUCAUUUUUGGUACCCUUUUGUGCCAGGUGCCAGCUGAGCUAACCCUGCACUGCCAGCGCCGUGCUCUGUACAUAGGUAAAACGAUGAACCAGGCGGCUGCAGAGAGGGCCCACAGCCCCCUCGGGCACUCCUGUUCGGAUUCGCUGCUUCCCUCUGGCCGUGGCAAUAACUGGAGGUUUGAGGACCAAAGCCAGAGCUGCCCCGUGUGGCUCUGCAGGUGUGUCAGCCCCUGCUGGUAACUGCAGCCAGGCAAAACCCGUGUGCCUACAAGGAGUAGGGUUUUUGGGGGGGUUGUCCACACGGACCAGCCUUACCAUGAAAUGUAUUUCCCUCCUGGAACUGCUUGUGCAUUGCUGAUCAAGUCAGUUCUGGAACAAGCUAAAUCCUUCCUCUAAACGAGAUGUUGUCCCAGUUAAUCUUUCUUGGCAUUUUGCGUUAUGAUCCUCCCCCUGUUUCGCUGGGUACACCCCUCUCUCUCUCUCUCUCACAAAAUCCUCCUGUUCAUGGCAGUGAUUUUUCUUGGGCAUCUAUUUCCCAAAUGAGACAUUCCAGGGAUCCAGCCAGUAAACUUAAUUCUACAAAACCCUUCCCUGAAACAAACCUUUUCAUGCUCUCUCUUAAUAGUAAGUCAUGUGGUGUUUAUAUAAUUGUGUUUAAAAUAUCCUUGGCUAUGUUGUUUUACAGAUUUUUAAAAAAUAACUUAUACAAUCCUUGUUUUUUUUCUCUGUGGACUAUUUUUUAUAUGGGAGUGGGGUAUCUUUUUGUGUCUUAUUCCUUCUCCUUUUCUCCUCUCUGACCCUGCAAAGCCACUCUUUGCACGAGACAUAUGUAAACACUCUUUCCUACGCUGCAUGUUCUGAUUUUCAUUGUUAAUAGUUUUAAUGAGUUAAACCUUUUGCCAGUGAAAUUGUCACCAGUUCCACACGGAACUGGGAUAAUCCCUGCUUGGUUUCGGCUGCAACGACACCUGCCCUGCCUGGGCUUGCCCACAAGAGCUCACCUCAGCCAGGUGAGGAGGAGAAAGCCAUACUGUCUCCAGCCCUCACCUGCCUGGACCAAAUCCAAGGAAAGAUGGAGCUUUGGUGAACUGAUCUUUAAGUUAAUAAACUAUUGAUCUCCCC